ACUGCUGCACAGCUCUGCUUUUAGAUGCUCACACACUCCCAACAGGCACUGAGAGUGUGCACAAGACUGUAGAAGAAACCUCUCGCCUCUCCCAAGGAUUACAAUCAGGAAACAAUUUCCUGGAGUUAUCAUUGUUGUAAAUUGGAUUAAGAAAGACAUCUGGAACCCCAGAGACGUGUGGGUGGGGAGCGGUCUUGAAUGGAUGAAUAAGUACUCAAGGAUGACUGGAUAAAAGUUUCCAGCAGCGAUUGCUCCACAGGAGACGAUUCUCAUGAUGUAUCUUGUUGAACGUUGACUCACUGUAAAGUGUGAACUUUAUUUCCUCGUGAGCUCAAGGAGGAUUUGGGAGCAAACCUGAUGACACAGCUCUCAAAUUUCACUCCAAUCUCUGCAGCACCUGCUCAUCACUGAAAUUGCUUUCCAUUCUCCAAGUUUACAACUUCAAAGCGCAGACCAAUCUUCCACAGAGGCAUUGUUUGUCUAUAUUCAAAACACAUUGUAAGCUUGUAAUUAUGCCCUCACUCUCAUUAUCUCUGUUUCUUCUGGUGCACGAGUAAAGAGGUGAGGGCGAAGAGGAUCAGAGGGUGAGGAGUUUUUUUCUUCUUCAAGGAAGGCAAGGAGGGAGGGAGAGAUAAACAGAGGUAGUUUAAGGCGGUAAACACAUCCCGUCCAGAGCCAGCUCUCUUCUAAACACAUCAGGCAUAAAUCAGCGCUGCAUUUCACUGAGGUGACUCUGACACAGGAGGACAGACAGUCAAGGGACAAACUGGAGCGAGUAGAAAACACUGCGGUUGUCAGUCUGGAAACAUUGGUGCGAAGAUAAACUGAAGUCAAGAAACCUGUUCAGCUGAUUAUUUGUGAGAGUAAAAAUCUUGAUUUGCCACCAAACCAGAGCAGCCAUGGCCUCAGACGUCUCCCAUAGCUUCUCUUGUCUUUGCAACAAGAUGAAACAGCAGCACAUGAGCAAAAGCAGCAGCAGUGUUUUCCAGCAGCAGCGGAUCAAAUCCACCUCAAGACCCCACCAGCCUCUCCUCUACCCCAGGACCCUGCUCCUUCUGCCCCUGAUGCUCCUGCUUAUUCUCUCCCUGUGGAGCCAGCAGGCCGAGGCCGUGGUCCAUUCCAGUUUCCGGCGGCUCAGCGGCCGUGAGAAGAAGGAGAUGCAGAAGGAGAUCCUGUCCAUUUUGGGUCUGCCGGGGCGACCCAGACCCCACCCGCCGCUACGACCGCCCUCCUCUGCACCGCUCUUCAUGCUGGAUCUGUACCACGCCAUGUCUGCUGAUGGGGAGGAUGAAGGGAAUGAAAUUAUUAUCAACGGACCUGGCAUGGGGAAGUUUGGAGGGGCAGAAAGAUUGUCUCGUGUCAACCACGCAGCCCCACCGACACUCAGCACGCACACACCGCCGCUGGGCACGGUGGUCAGCGAGGCCGACACAGUGAUGAGCUUCGUCAACCUGGUGGAGCAGGAGCGUGACCUCCUGCAGCCUCGUCCGUACUGGAAGGAGUUUCGUUUUGAUCUGACGCCCCUCCCUCAGGGUGAGACAGUGACGGCAGCAGAGUUUCGUAUCUAUAAGACCCUGACGAUGGGCCAGAGGGCCAACCGAACACUGCACAUCUCUGUCUACGAGAUCCAACGAGAGAACAAACACAGAGAGCCAGAGCUGGUGCUGCUGGAUAUGCAGUCGGUGCCUGCAGGACAGGAAGGUUGGCUGGCCUUCGACGUCACCUCAGCCUCCAACCACUGGCUCCUCCACCCACGCAGCAACCUGGGCAUACGUCUUUAUGUGGAGACAGAGGAGGACCGCUCCCUGUCUGCAGGCUGGAUCGGGUUGGUGGGACGCAGGGGCCCUCGCUCCAAACAGCCCUUCAUGGUGACUUUCUUCAGGGAGAGUCAGGUUCCCUGUCGGCCGCCACGGGCUGUCAAGCCACAUCCCCGCAAGAAGAAACCCAAAUACGACCUCCCAGUCCCCAGCAUCCAUAAUCGGAGUCCUGCCAACAGUGGAGGUCAGCCCUGUAAAAAACACGAACUCUACGUCAGCUUCAGUGACCUCGGAUGGAAGGACUGGGUUUUGGCCCCCACUGGAUAUUCAGCAUACUACUGUGACGGAGAGUGUUUUUAUCCUCUGGGCUCCUGCAUGAAUGCCACGAAUCACGCCCUCAUCCAGCAAGUGGUCCACCUCCUGAAGCCCGAUGAGGUUCCAAAGGCAUGUUGCGCCCCCACAAAGCUCAGCCCCAUCUCUGUCCUCUUCUAUGACGACAACAACAAUGUCAUCCUCAAGAAACAUCGUAACAUGGUGGUUAAGACCUGUGGGUGUCAAUGAGAGUCGAAAGGCGUAGCCUAGGACACUGAAAAGAGAGUUCAGUCCACAACCAAACUGACCUGGAUGAUUUUCUUCCAGACAUGAACUUUGCAGAAACCUUUGACAAUGGACAACAAAGGUACCACAAAUCUAAUUUAACAGGUCUGUGCCUUGAGUGCUGAUUUAGGAUCUGUGACUUAAUUGUUUUUCCCAAAUCCAUUUCCCAAAUUGCAAAGUCUUGAAAUUACAGCAUCUUGGGUAUUUAUGUCCCAAUUCAGUUGUGCCUCAGCACUCGAUAGCUGAAGGUUAUUCUGCUGAAAUGUGAGUCUAUACAAGUUAACCUUUGACCUGAAAUGUAUGGCCAUAAUAGACAACCCCCCCCCCCCCGGAAGUAUAAAUGUUAUUUUAAUACAUUCACUUUUCCUCAAAUGUCUGCCUUUCUCAACAGUGACAAACCACAUGUGAUUUUAUAAAUUGAUUCAGGUUUAAAUGGCAAAUGAUAUUGGAUGGCAGAACAUGCCUACAGUGAUGCCUGUUUUGUUUUUUUUUAAACAAGAAAUUUAAUGAGAGCACUACUAUUGUUGCAACAUAAAGUUAAACUGUAUUGAAUUAAUAAAAAAAUAUUCAUUUUAUUGUA